AUGUCUUUGGGUCUUUGGUGUAAUUUUUGCGAAGACCAUGAAGGACUGGGGCCCAUCUCUUCCAGAUAUGGCGAUUUCACGCUUUGUUUUAUGGAUGGCUGCUUGCUGAAUGGUACUGCACUGCUCAUGCUACUUUUCGGCUCCAAGGAGCUGGUUCAGCUGUGCCGAAAGCCUCAUCCUGGCGUCAAAUACAGAAAAAACUGGCUACUUAUCUCUAGAAUGUCCUUAGUGACCCUCCAGCUGGUGUUUGCCACCGUGGCGCUAUUUCACGACAAAACAGCAGUAGAGAAGCAGUGGGCAUCGCAGACACAGCGAGUUUUGGGCUUUCUGUCGAUUUUGGUGGCAUUAGCGCUGCACUGGGUCGAAUAUUUCCGGUCCAAUGUCUCCAACGGAAUUUUGCUAUUUUACUGGUUGUUCCAAGCUCUGUUCAGUCUCUGUGCAAUUGUGAACCUACAAAUUAGAUUGACGUACGAAAAUGUCAUGCCCGUAUCCGAAAUCGCUUUCAAACUACUCACUGUUCAUUGUAUUACAAGUUUCCUAAUUUUGGCGUUGGAAGCCAUGUUCACGAAGCCCUUACAAGGCCGUGGAGACUUGGCGAGCCAAACUAAACGCAAAGGGAAUCCAUACGACACUGCUAACAUCUUUUCUCGCAUCUCUUUCUCGUGGAUGACACUAAUGAUGAAAACUGGCUACGAAAAGUACUUGACUGAAAACGAUUUGUACAAGCUACCUAAAAGUUUUGGUAGUGCUGAGAUCUCCGAGUCAUUUGGCAGAUACUGGGAUUACGAGGUGAAACACAGGACCAAACCAUCCCUAACAUGGGCACUUUUGAUUACUUUUGGUGGGAAAAUGAUCGUUGGAGCUUUAUUCAAAGCUUCUUUCGAUAUCCUUGCGUUCACGCAACCACAGCUUCUCAGAAUCUUGAUUAAAUUUGUGGGCGAAUACACCGAGAAAAGUGCUCUUACCGAAAUCCCAAUAAUAAAAGGGUUCAUGAUCGGCAUAGGUAUGUUUUUGGUGAGUGUGAUUCAAACUUCUGUUUUGCAUCAGUACUUCCUACGUGCUUUUGACACUGGUAUGAACAUUAAGAGUGGGCUCACUUCUGUGAUCUACCAGAAGUCUCUACUUUUAUCGAAUGAGGCUUCUGCAACUUCCUCUACGGGUGAUAUUGUAAACCUUAUGAGUGUUGAUGUGCAACGUUUGCAAGAUUUAACACAGUGGGGACAAAUCAUAUGGUCAGGACCCUUCCAACUCAUUCUGUGCUUGGUUUCCUUGUACAAACUGUUAGGUCCAUCUAUGUGGGUUGGUGUGAUCAUUAUGAUUAUCAUGAUUCCAAUGAACUCAGUUAUUGUAAGGUUCCAAAAGAAACUUCAAAAGAUUCAGAUGAGAAACAAGGAUGAGAGGACUCGUGUUAUCAGCGAAAUCCUGAACAACAUCAAAUCUCUCAAGCUUUACGCAUGGGAAAAUCCUUAUAAGGAAAAAUUGGAGCAUGUUAGAAACGAGAAGGAGCUCAAAAACUUAACCAAAAUGGGUUGCACUGUUGCCUUGGCUAACUUUCAGUUCAACAUCGUCCCAUUUCUGGUUUCUUGCUCCACUUUCGCGGUUUUUGUAUUGACUCAAAAUGGUCGUCCACUCACUACAGAUUUGGUGUUCCCAGCUCUUACUUUAUUCAACUUGUUGUCCUUCCCGCUAGCAGUGAUCCCAACUGCUAUAACCUCCUUCAUUGAGGCGUCGGUUUCUGUCACUCGUUUGCACAAGUUCCUGACCAGCGAAGAAUUACAGGGCGAUUCUGUCCAGCGGGAGCCUAAAGUGACUUCCAAUGGCCAAGUUGCCGUGAGUGUUGGCGCUGACGCUACUUUCCUAUGGCAAAGAAAGCCCGAAUACAAGGUAGCGCUGAAAAAUAUCAACUUCCAAGCUAAGAAAGGUGAAUUGACAUGUAUUGUUGGAAAGGUUGGGAGCGGUAAAAGUGCUCUUAUUCAAGGAAUCCUUGGUGAUCUUUUCAGGGUGAAGGGCUUUGCUACAGUUCACGGUAGCGUUGCUUACGUAUCUCAAGUUCCAUGGAUCAUGAACGGAACCGUUAAAGAGAACAUUAUUUUCGGCCACAGGUACGAUGCAGCCUUUUACGACAAAACUAUCAAAGCGUGCGCUUUGAGCGCAGAUCUCGCCACACUUCCUAAGGGUGAUCAAACAUUGGUGGGUGAGAAGGGAAUUUCAUUGUCAGGUGGUCAAAAAGCGCGUCUUUCCUUAGCCAGAGCUGUGUACGCCAGAGCAGACACUUAUUUAUUGGAUGAUCCACUAGCAGCCGUUGAUGAGCAUGUUGCCAAGCAUUUGAUCGAGCACGUCUUGGGUUCAAGUGGUCUUUUGAGCACCAAGACGAAGGUUUUAGUCACAAACAAAAUAACAGUCUUGUCGAUCGCUGAUAACAUCACACUUUUGGAAAAUGGUGAGAUUAUUCAACAAGGUUCUUACCAAGAGGUUACCAGUGACAAAACCUCUGCUCUAUUCAAGAUCAUCAACAGCUUCGGUAAAACGAAGAAAACAAAAGAAAGCUCUUCGAAAUCAUCUACUCCGGAAAGCGGGCUCGUUGUCGAGGAUAAUAUUGACAUACAGAAACUCGAUGAAGACGUUGUUGAUUUUGAUAAACGCAGUUUACGCAGAGCAAGUGACGCCACUUUGGGAAGUUUAGGAUUUGGAGAUGAAGAGCAACCUUCUAUGAAAGAACAUCGUGAACAAGGUAAAGUCAAGUGGGACAUUUACUUGGAAUACGCCAAGGCGUGUAACCCCAGACAUGUUGUGGUGUUCAUGUGUUUUGCUGUCCUCUCUAUGUUUUUGUCUGUUGCCGGUAGCGUGUGGUUGAAGCAUUGGUCGGAGGUAAACACCAAGUAUGGUGCCAACCCUCAUGUUGGUAUGUACCUGGGUAUCUACUUCCUGCUGGGAGCAGGUUCUGCCCUCUCAACCCUGGUGCAAACAGUCAUCUUAUGGGUUUACUGCACCAUCCACGGAUCGCGCUACUUGCACGAUGCAAUGACGGCAUCUGUUUUAAGGGCCCCUAUGUCAUUUUUUGAGACAACACCUAUUGGAAGAAUUCUAAACAGGUUUUCAAAUGACAUAUACAAAGUCGAUGAGCUACUGGGAAGAACUUUUGCACAAUUUUUCAUCAACACCAUUAAGGUUUCAUUCACAAUUUUGGUGAUCUGUUACUCAACUUGGCAGUUCAUCUUUAUUAUUGCGCCUUUGAGCACCCUGUACAUUUACUACCAGCAAUACUACCUGAGAACGUCUCGAGAGCUUCGUCGUUUGGAUUCAGUCACUAGAUCGCCGAUCUACGCCCACUUCCAGGAGUCUCUGGGCGGAAUUAGCACCAUCAGAGGGUACGGCCAACAAAACCGUUUCAUUCAUAUCAAUCAAGCCCGUGUGGACAAUAAUAUGAGCGCGUAUUAUCCAUCGGUUAACGCUAACCGCUGGUUGGCUUUCAGACUAGAAUUUAUCGGAUCUGUGAUUAUUUUUGGUGCUGCAGUUUUGGGAGUUUUCCGUUUGAAGCAGGGAACUUUAAGCGCCGGUAUGAUCGGUCUAUCUUUAAGUUAUGCCCUGCAAAUUACCCAGUCUCUAAAUUGGAUUGUUCGCAUGACUGUGGAAGUCGAGACCAAUAUUGUGUCAGUGGAAAGGAUUAAAGAAUAUUCGAGCUUGCCCUCUGAAGCUCCUGCCGUUAUUGAAGAUAGCAGACCAUCGGAAAACUGGCCCAGUGAGGGUUCCAUCAAGUUCGAAAACUAUUCCACUCGUUACAGACCGGAGUUGGAUCUAAUUCUAAAAGACAUCAAUCUCGAAAUUAAGCCGCAAGAGAAAAUUGGAAUUGUGGGACGUACUGGUGCCGGUAAGUCAUCUUUGACCUUGGCGCUUUUCAGAAUCAUAGAGGCGGCUAGUGGUCAUAUUUCUAUUGACGGACAACCGAUAAAUGAGAUUGGCCUACAAGAUUUGAGACGGCACCUGUCAAUCAUUCCUCAAGACUCCCAGGUUUUCGAAGGUACUGUCAGAGACAAUAUUGACCCCACUCGCCAAUUUACUGACGAACAGAUAUGGCACGCUCUAGAGCUUUCGCAUCUUAAGGACCACGUCAAGAGCUUAGGCAAAGAUGAACUCGAAUCGAUGUUGACUGAAGGUGGUAGUAAUCUAUCUGUUGGUCAAAGACAGCUCAUGUGUUUGGCGAGAGCACUGUUGGUCCCAUCUAAGAUUCUGGUGUUGGAUGAAGCUACGGCAGCGGUAGACGUCGAGACUGAUCAGGUCAUUCAGGAAACAAUUCGCACAGCAUUCAAAAAUCGAACCAUUUUGACCAUAGCUCACAGAAUAAACACUAUUCUCGACAGUGAUAGAAUCAUCGUUUUGGACCAAGGUAGAGUUGCCGAGAUCGAUUCACCCCAAAACUUGCUGAAAAAUUCUGAAAGUCUGUUUUACGCCCUUUGUCAUGAAGCGGGUUUAACAAAGGACUGA